CUCUUCGUCUUCCUGCUCUCGCUGAGCCUGCAGGAUCUGAAUCCGAGCUCGCUCGCAUCCACUAUCUGCAGGCCCCACGCGCCCUGUUCCUUCCUCCCGCUAACAAUCGCCCUGUUCCCGGUUUGAUCCGUUGAAUUCUGCCCGGCGCGCGGGGGCUUGCGGGUGCGCACCGGAGGCUGCAUCUUUUCCCGGCCAAGAUUCGGUCCGGUGGGGCCGUUCUUGGCACGAUUUCACGGGCCGUUUGGCCUUCCCUCGCCGGAUUUGUUCCGGCUCCAGGCACCAAAUUCCAAUCUUUUCCUGCUGCUGCUGCCUCUGCGACACUUUAUUCUUCUCCCCCAAUUAGCGGCGGUUAGUGUGGAUUCUGAUUUGUAGGUUCAUUUCCUGGUUUCCUCCGUGAGCUUCUGCGGUUGGCGUGGUUACGCCAGUCCCUCGCGAUUUACAUCUGUGAUUCGUUUGAAAAUCUGGGAGUGUGGAGAUUUGGGAGGUCUUCUCGCUCCUGUGCUCUAUGAGGAGCAGCUUCCUGUCGGAGUCGCCGUGCGACGAGCAGCGCAUCCAUGGAUAUGGUUUCAACCCGCAGUCAUGGCUGCAGGUGGAGCGAGGGAAGCUGCCCAAGUCGUCCUACUCGCCUUCCUCCAUUGAGUCACUUAUCAAGAUUGCUGAGCCACAUGUAGUGCCAUUGUAUAAGCCUUUGGAUUAUGUUGAGGUGCUGUCAAGGAUCCACGAGGAGCUUGAACAAUGUAGGCCGAGCGAGCUGCCAGGCCUGUACUUGGUCCAGUCCCAGGUGUUUCGGGGCCUUGGAGAAGCAAAAUUGCGCCAGAGGAGCCUCCACUCUGCCUGGCGUUGUGCAAGCAGCGUCCAUGAGAAAGUCAUAUUUGGGGCAUGGUUGCGGUACGAGAAGCAGGGGGAGGAGAUCAUAUCUGACGUCCUUGCAUCAUGUCAGAAAUGCUGUCGAGAGUUUGGUUUACUUGAUGUUGCCUCUGAGAUGCCUGUGCGGAAUUUUGAGGUAAUUGGUUCAUGGGAGACAGGCUCCUCGUCUCAAGUUUCUUCCAUGGUAACCUUCCAAGUACAGGAUGGUAGGGUGACAUGUGAUAGGUGCAAGAUUGCGUCUUUGUCAAUACCAUUUUGCUCCAUGCUUAAUGGACCGUUCAAUGAGUCACAGCUUGAGCUUGUUGAUUUGUCAGAGAAUGGUAUUUCGUUGGAGGGCAUGAGAGCUGUUUCUGAGUUUAGUUCUACAUGUAGUUUAGGGGAUCUUCCUGUGGAAAUCUUAUUGGAGAUCCUGGUGUUUGCAAACACAUUUUGUUGUGACAGGCUAAAAGAUGCUUGUGAUAGGAAACUGGCUUCAUUUGUUUCAACAAGGCAGGAUGCUGUUGAGCUCAUGCCGUUGGCAUUUGAAGAAAAUGCGCCAGUUCUUGCUGCUUCUUGCUUGCAAAUUUUUUUACAGGAACUUCCCGAUUGUCUAGCUGAUGAUCUAGUAAUUAGCCUCUUCUUAGGUGCAACUGCACAACAACAACUUAUCAUGGUUGGACAUGCAUCCUUUUUGCUGUACUGCUUGCUUAGUGAAGUAGCAAUGAACAUUGAUCCGAGGACAGAAACAACUGUAUUAUUGUUAGAGAAGCUUGUGCAGCUAGCAGUUACCCCUACUCAGAAGCAAAUAGCUUUUCAUCAACUUGCAUGCAUUAGACUUUUGAGAAAGGAAUAUAGUGAAGCUGAACACCAAUUUGAGGUUGCCUUCUCUGCCGGUCAUGUGUAUUCAAUUGCUGGUAUUGCUAGAGUCGCUGGCAUUCAAGGCCAAAAGGCUUUGGCUUAUGAGAAGCUCAGUUCAGUGAUAACAUCAAAUUUGCCACUGGGGUGGAUGUAUCUGGAGAGGUCUUUGUAUUCUGAAGGUGAUAGAAAGCUGGCAGACCUUGACAAAGCAAGCGAGCUGGAUCCUACUCUCACUUACCCUUACAUGUAUCGAGCUGCAUCCUUGAUGAGAAAAAAAGAUGCUAAACAUGCCUUAGAGGAAAUUAACCGACUCUUGGGUUUCAAGUUAGCAUUGGAGUGCCUGGAGCUACGGAUCUGUCUAUACCUGGCUCUUGAAGACUAUAAGUCUGCUAUCUGUGAUAUCCAUGCGAUUCUUACUCUUUCACCUGAUUAUCGGAUGUUGGAAGGACGUGUAGCUGCUUCCAAAAUAGGCACUCUUCUUGGUGCACAUGUCGAGCAGUGGAAUACGGCUGAGUGUUGGCUACAACUUUAUGAGCGCUGGUCAUCAGUUGAUGAUAUUGGCUCCCUUUCAGUGAUCUAUCGGAUGCUUGAGUCAGAUGCAGCAAAAGGUGUCCUCUACUUUAGGCAAUCUUUGCUGCUCCUUAGGUUGAACUGUCCCGAGGCAGCGAUGCGCAGUUUGCAAUUGGCAAGGCAUCAUGCAGCAACUGAGCAUGAACGACUAGUAUAUGAGGGGUGGCUCUUAUAUGACACGGGGCACUAUGGGGAGGCCCUACAAAAAGCGGAAGAAUCUAUUUCCAUUCAAAGAUCAUUUGAAGCUUUCUUUCUGAAAGCCUAUGUUUUGGCUGAUUCAGGAGUUGAUCCUUCUUAUUCUGCGACAGUUAUCUCACUUCUUGAAGAUGCAUUGAAAUGCCCUUCAGACCGGCUUCGGAAGGGUCAGGCAUUGAAUAACCUUGGUGGUGUCUAUGUUGAUUGUGGAAAGUUAGAUUCAGCAGCUGAUUGCUAUACAAGUGCAUUGAAAAUUCGACACACUAGAGCCCAUCAAGGUCUUGCUCGUGUACAUUUUCUGAGGAACAACAGGGAAGCUGCAUAUGAAGAGAUGACAAAGUUGAUAGAAAAAGCUAAAAACAAUGCUUCGGCUUAUGAGAAACGCUCAGAAUAUUGUGAACGAGAACAAACUAUGACAGAUUUGCAAACAGUGACCCAAUUGGAUCCUUUGCGUGUUUAUCCAUACAGAUAUCGAGCAGCAGUGCUGAUGGAUAGCCACAAGGAGAAUGAUGCAAUAGCGGAGCUCAGCCGUGCGAUAUCCUUCAAAGCGGACCUGCAUUUGCUGCAUCUCCGUGCGGCUUUCCACGAGCACAUUGGAGAUGUACCCAGCGCUCUCCGUGAUUGUAGAGCCGCCCUCUCCUUGGACCCGAAUCACCAGGAGAUGUUGGAGCUUCAGAAACGUGUGAACAGCCAAGAGCCCUGACACAUUGUGGUGCUGUAUUGUGUAUUGUACACCACGACUCAUGCCACUUUGGUUUGCCUCGUGACAGACAGCCUUGACCUGAUUCAUUUUUUUUCGUUUUUCCGUUAAUUAAUUAAUCAAUCACUGUAAUACGAAGUUUUCAGGAAGAAAGUAACAGAGAGCAAGAGAGAGAACUAGUUAUAUGAAAGCAGGCAUUGAUAAAGCCUUUUUAACUCGAUGCCUGUGGCCUCUGUAGAAGUAUUGUGCUAAUCCCUGAACUGUAUCUUGAAAAAGUGAUUCGUGCAUAAUGUAUUUUUCAGUUCUGUUCUCUU